AUGCACUAUAGAUUUAUGAGAGAUUCCUUUGUUGGUAGAGUAGUCUACCAUCUAUCAAAGCAUAAGUAUUUCAGUCAUAAAGAAGAACAUCCAGAUUAUGUGAUACCUGAAAAAUAUCUUGCCAAUGAAGAUAUACCGAAUGAUUCUAGUGCUAGUUCAUCAUCUAGUACUACUCAAGUUGAAGAUCCAAGGAUCGUAGUUACAUGGGAUGGUGAUGAUGAUCCUGAAAAUCCUGUUAACUGGCCAUUUUAUCAAAAGGCAUUCUUUACUUUCGAAAUUGCAUUCUUAACUACCGCUGUCUACAUGGGUUCUGCUAUCUACACUCCCGGUGUAAAUCAGAUUAUGGCUGAAUUUAAUGUUGGUCAAACUGUUGCUACUUUACCUUUGUCAUUGUUUGUGAUCGGUUAUGGUAUUGGACCAAUGGUUUUCUCUCCAAUGUCUGAAAAUGCCAUUUUCGGAAGAACUUCAAUUUACAUUGUCACUUUAUUUCUCUUUUUCAUAUUGCAAAUUCCAACUGCCCUUUCAAAUGAUAUCGUUUCUUUAUGUAUUUUAAGAUUCUUGGGUGGUAUAUUUGCAUCUCCAUGUUUAGCUACAGGUGGUGCCUCCGUAUGUGAUGUUUUAUCAAUUCCUUAUGGUCCUGUUGGUAUUGCCUGUUGGGCUUUAGGUGCCGUUUGUGGUCCAUCGUUCGGUCCAUUUUUUGGUUCAAUCUUGGUUGUCAAGGGUGACUGGAGAUGGACUUUCUGGUUUUUAGCUAUUACUAGUGGUUCAACUUUGUUGGUCCUUAGUUUCCUUUUACCUGAAAGUUAUGGUAAGACUUUACUUACUAGAAAGGCUAAAAGAUUAAGAGCACUUACCGGUAACGAUUUAAUUACUAGUGAAGGUGAAAUUGAAAAUGCAAGUUUAACUGCUACUGAAUUAGCUAUUGAAACAUUAUGGAGACCAAUUGAAAUUUCAAUUGUUGAACCUGUUGUCUUAUUAAUCAAUAUCUAUAUUGCUUUAGUUUAUUCCAUCAUGUAUCUUUGGUUCGAAGCUUUCCCAAUUGUGUUCUACGAAAUUCAUCACUUCACAUUAAUUGAAAUGGGUCUUACUUAUAUGAGUAUUGUUAUUGGUAUUGGUCUUGCUGCAUCCAUUUAUAUUCCUGUCAUUUAUAGAAUCUUUACCAUUCCUAUGAAGAGAGGUGAUGAUGUUGCUCCUGAACUUUUUAUUCCUUUAGCUGCGGUUGGGGGUAUUUGUAUGCCAGUUGGUAUUUUCAUCUUUGGUUGGACUUCAGCUGCUGAUCUUCCUUGGAUUGCUCCAUUAAUUGGGGGAGCAAUUUAUGCAGCUGGAGCUUUCCUUAUUUUCCAAACAUUAUUUAAUUACUUGGGUAUGUCAUUCUGGAGAUAUUUGGCUUCAGUAUUUGCUGGUAACGAUUUAUUCAGAUCAGUUAUUGCUGGUGUAUUCCCAUUAUUUGGUAGAGCAUUGUUUGACAAUUUAAAGACUGAAAGAUUUCCAGUUGCUUACGGUUCUACUAUUUUAGGAUGUAUUACUAUUUUAAUGCUCCUUAUUCCUGUUUUGUUUUAUGUCAAUGGUCCAAAAUUAAGAGCCAGAUCAAAAUAUUCUGGUUCGGGUUAGUUUUUUAUAGAGGGGUUAAUUAUUGUUUCUUGUUAAUAGAAGUUCUUUAUAGAGUUAGAAGAAUAAUCAUUUAAUUUAAUAUCUACA